GAAGAAGAAGAUCAAAUUGAAUGUUGAGUGUGGUGCUCAAGUUCAUGAAAGCUUCUAAUGUUUGAUUCUUGUUUAAAACUUAUAUUAUUAAUGAUAUUUUAUUUACUUCUAUUGAUCAUUUGUUCAUGAAGUAUUUGUAUUGUCCUAAAAUAUAAUAUAGUUAAUGUGGUUUUUGGAGUUUAUAUUUCCAAAAAAAAAAAGUUGUGCAUCACGCAUGAUGCUAACUUACUUAUUAAAUUAAUUUAUAUAACAAAUAAUGAAUAUUAUUCUUUGUAUACAAUAACAGGACGUUGAUCAAUUCCAUAUUCAUAGUACGUAAGAGAAUACGAAAUAAGGGUUGACAAAGGGAAUAAUUAAAAAAAUUUACUGCCAUAUAAUUAUAUAUAAUAAUGUACAUCAUCAAAGAUAAACAUGUAUAUAGAUGAAAUGAAAUUGAAAGUGAAAGGAUAGUUGACAUUAAUAUAUUCUAAAGUGAAAGGAUACUCUUCAUAUAUAUAUAUAUAUAUAAGAUAUAAUUGUAAUGAUAAUAUAAGAUAAUUUAGCUUGCUGUACUAAUUAAAAAUAAAAUAAUAUAAUUCUCUGUAUGACUAAUUUAAUUAAUUAAUGUAGAAAAUGUAAAUAGAGAAAAAGAAAUAUUGAGGGGCUGAAGGUAAAUUUGAUGGCACCGGAAACUCAAUACUGAUCCCAAACAAGGUAAUCAAACCACGUAUAUAUACUCUUUAAAUUCUAAAACAACAAAAAAAAAAUAUACCACUAAAAGUCUAAAAAUCAUGAUGUAUGAAACGGCAAAAGAGAUGAAGAUGGUGGAGAAGGUUGGGAUUGGUAAUCCCAAUAUUUUGGUUACCAAAGUUUUUAAGUCAGUUAAAGGCAUUUUUUCAAGGGCUGCUAACAACAUUAAUUCCUUCUUUACUAAGUCAGACUUUUCACCAACUGAUCUGCUGGCCGAGUUUGAUCAUGAUCGUGACGAUGUUGAUCAGAUGAAUCUUCACAUGUUUGUUUUAUCUGACGACGAGUACUAUAAGAUAAGCAAAUACCCGAUUUUGAUGAUGAUAUUAGGGUAUUUGUUUAUUUUAGGAGGCUUUCAUGGAAUCAUUUUUAGUUUUCUGUGGGAGAAAAAAAUUCUGUUAGGAUUUCCAGUUUUUACGUUUGUAUCUUCUGUAGCUCUACUUUUAUAUUAGAGCUUUUUCAGAAAUUAAUAUAACCUUUAGCUAUCGAUCUCUACAUUAAU